AUGUCACCAACGGAUCUAACUGAUGAUAUGACAUCAUCACCACCACUACCCACACAAGUUAUUCCAGUAUCACAAUACGAUGCUGAUCCUAUUGACUAUGCAUCAUCAAUGACGUCGACUUAUCAACAAGAUGAAAUUGAUGAUGACAUGGACAUUGAUUUGGCUAAGCCUGAAUUCAAUGGUCUAUGGGAUAAACAACCAGUUAAACAAGAAAUCGAUCCACUUUUUAAUCGUUCAAAACAUUGGAAAACAAAAAUGGAUAAAGAAAUUUUACAACGAACUUUAACUAGAUUAAAAGACAACAUCGUUCGUGAACAAGUUGUGGGUACGAAACGUUUCGAUGGACCUGUUCCGUUUAAAAGUGAUCCAACAGAAAUUGUUUUUAAAGAUUUUGAUGUUGAUAAAGUUUAUCGAACAAGAGUUACAUUAACUAAUGUAACAUUAACAAUAAACACACUUAAAUUAGUCGAUCUAUCCGAAUCAUUAAAAGAUUUUAUUACACUCAAAUUUGAACCACCAGGAAUGAUUUCUGCUGGAAUGUCUUGUUAUCUUCACGUUACUUUUGAGCCCAAGAUCAAUGAAAAUCUUCAAGGUGAAAUCAAAUUCUUAGCUCAAACAGGCAUGUUUACUGUUCCAAUUCGUUGUGAAAUAAAAAAAGUUGAAUUAUCAUUGGAUAAAACAAUAGUUAGCCUUGGAUCAACAGUUGUUGAUGAACAUCUUUAUCAAAGUAUUACACUUCGUAAUACAGGUGCUUUAGGUACAAAUUAUCGUUUGGUUAAAGCAAGCGUCUUACAAACUGAACAGAACAAAGCUCAAGCUGUUGAAAAUCCAAUUCCAAAACCAAAACCAGAAUCAGCAUCAUCAUUAGAAAAAGAAACAUCGACUAUGUCAGGUGGAACCGAUGGAACCGAUAUAGCCAAUGGAGAAUAUAUUGAUGUUUUUACAAUAAAGGCGGAUCCGAUUGGCUUUCUGGCACCUCAUUCAUCCAUGACGUUUUCAAUUGAAUUCAGUGCGCCUAUGGCCGGAGGUUUUCAUGAAGAAUACACUCUUGUAUUUGAUAAAAAUGUUCCUCAGUUAUAUUUUUCUGUCACUGCUCAAUCACUCGAUGUACCUGUUUGGAUAGAAAAUCCUUCUAUGGACUUUAAAAUUUGUAUGUUUGAUCGUCUAUAUCAAGAUGCACUGAUUCUGCGUAAUCGAAGUUCAGCGGCACUUCGUGUUUCAGUUGACAUUCAACCACGUGCGUUACAAAAUCAUAUUGAAAUUGUUCCACGUACAGCUUAUAUACAAGCAAAAUCAAGUUUUAAUUUACAAGUUAAAUUAACUGCACAUCCAUCCAUUUUUGAUGAUGGUCUUUCGAAUGAAAUAUUCGAUUCACAAUUAAACACAUUUAUUGUGCCACUUGAAGUUAAAGUAGCCGAUCAAAUACGAACAGUUCCAUUUAGUAUAAGUGCCAUAUUGACUACGAGCGAUCUACAAUUUGAUGUUGAACAAAUUGAUUUUGGAUGUUGUACAACAGCAGAAAGUGUUUUAGCAAAAGUUCAAUUGAAAAAUAAUUCACUAUUAGCACAACCAUUUGGAUUUAUUAAUUUACCUGAUUAUAUUCACGUACAACCCAAUGAUGGUUUUGGUACUUUGCUACCCGAAGAAACUAUUGAUUUACAUAUUCUAUUUAGUCCAUCGGCAACAAAAGAAUAUCGAUGUACACUUACAUGUAAAACACUAGUGAAUCGUGAAUUUACAAUAGAAUGUCAAGGUGUGGGUGUUUUACCACCACUUUCUCUCUCAUCAACAGUCAUUAGUUUUCCAGCUACACCUAUUAAUGAUCAAGCCAUUGUUAGUUUUUAUGUAGAAAAUCGACAUCUUGAUAAAAAUCAUUUUAAACAUCCAGUACCACGUGUUGGAAAUAGUGAAUUCGCUCCUAUUGGUCCGACAUCAUUUCAAUUUGAUGUACCAGAAAAUGCACCUAUAACGAUUGCACCUCUUGUUGGUAUUGUCGAGCCAGGGAAAAGACAAAAAAUAACAGUACGAUUAGCACCUAAAUUAGAUCAUGAACAAAUUCGUACUGAAUCAAUUCGCUUGAGAGAAGCAGAAUUAAAACGACAGUUAGAAAUCAAAGAAAAAGAUUCAGCAAAUAAAGGCGAAACAAAAGGUAAACCUCCGGGAACAACGGCUUCGGUUGCUCGAAAAAAUGAUAUACACGGGUCGAUGGCUGCAGAUUCUAAUCUAUCAAGUAUUCCAGAACAAUCGAUCGAUUGGUCCAUAGCUCAAUUGUCCGUAUUAAAAACAUUUCCAUCAUCGAUCUCUUCCUUUCUCAUUCCAUGUUAUGUUGGAUCGGGUGCAUGUGAAAAACCUGGUAUAUUAGGUUAUGAUGUUGCAAAUACAUUAUUUGUUCAAAUUCAUUGUCCAAUUGUAAGACCAGAAUUUAUUGUGAUAUCAGAUUAUGGACAAACAACAAUUGAUUUUGGUUCGGCAUCAGUUGGACAAGAAUUAUCACGAACUAUUCUUAUACAAAAUAUUAGUAAUAAAACAAUUGAAUUAUGCAGUGCUCUAUUGAAUAUUUAUGGGCCUUUUCGAUUAAUAAAUGCUUUACGAAGAGUUGAACCAGGCGAUACAUUACCAGUAAAAUUAGCUUUUAAUCCGAAUGCAACAAUGGAGUUUUUAGAAACAUUGGAACUAACAAGUGAAAGUUCAAAAUUAACCUUAUGUUUAAAAGGUUUGGGUCUUAAACCUAAUGUUCAAUUAUCAUUUGAUACAAGCAAUCCAUUUACAAUGGGAUGCGUUUUAGCUAAAGAUCGUAUUGAGAAAACAUUUCAAAAUCAACUAUCAUUAUCAGUUUUUCUAAAUCUAUUAUCAUCGAACACAUGUCAAGCACGAAUAUUCAUGAAUCAAACUAUCUUGAAUACACAACUUGAAGCUAGUUCAUAUCAAAGACGCAGUACUAUUUACUCUAAUCAUUAUCAAUUCUGUGCGAAAUAG